CGGGGCCUGCGCCACAGUCGGCGGCACCAUGGCGAGCGGCGGGCCUCCGGGCCGGGCUCCGCGGGCGCUGCACUCCGCGCGGGCCGUGGACGUGGCCUCGGCGUCCAGCUUCCGGGACUUCCAGCUGCUGCACGUGCACCUGGACCUGCGGGCGGAUUUCGGGAGCCGCACGCUGAGCGGCUCGGCCGCGCUGGACCUGCGCUGCUUGGCGCCCGCGGGCGCGGCCGAACUGCGGCUGGACUCGCACCCGAGCCUGGAGGUGACCGCGGCGGCGCUGCGGCGGGAGCCGUCCGGCCCCGAGGAGCCCGUGCGCUUCCACGUGCGGCCUUUCGCGCGCUACGGCAGCGCGCUGUGCCUGUCCUUCCCGCAGCCCCGGCCCGCGGGGGAGCGCUUCCAAGUGCUGCUCACCUACCGCGUCGUCGGGGCGGGGCCCGGGGUGUGCUGGCUGGCUCCCGAGCAGACAGCAGGGAAGGAGAAGCCCUUUGUCUACACCCAGGGCCAGGCGGUGCUGAACCGGGCUUUCUUCCCGUGCUUCGACACUCCUGCCGUAAAGUACACGUACUCGGCCCUGAUCGAGGUCCCGGAUGGCUUCACAGCCGUGAUGAGUGCUGACACCUGGGAGAAGAGAGGUCCCAACACAUUCUUCUUCCAGAUGUGCCAGCCCAUCCCCUCCUACCUGGUAGCUCUGGCCAUUGGAGAUCUGGUUUCGGCAGAAGUUGGACCCAGGAGCCGGGUGUGGGCCGAGCCCUGCCUGAUCGGGGCCGCCAAGGAGGAGUACGAUGGGGUGAUAGAAGAAUUCCUGGCAACGGGAGAGAAGCUUUUUGGGCCGUACGUGUGGGGAAGGUACGACCUUCUCUUCAUGCCGCCGUCCUUUCCGUUUGGAGGAAUGGAGAACCCCUGUCUGACCUUCGUCACCCCCUGCCUGCUGGCAGGGGACCGCUCGCUGGCCGACGUCAUCAUCCAUGAGAUCUCCCACAGCUGGUUUGGGAACCUGGUCACCAAUGCCAACUGGGGCGAAUUCUGGCUCAACGAGGGGUUCACCAUGUAUGCCCAGAGAAGGAUCUCCACAGUCCUGUUUGGGGCUGCCUACACCUGCUUGGAAGCUGCCACGGGGCGGGCCCUUCUCCGUCAGCACAUGGACAUCGCCGGCGAGGAAAACCCGCUCAACAAGCUCCGCGUGGUGAUUGAACCAGGUGUGGACCCAGACGACACCUACAACGAGACGCCCUACGAGAAAGGCUUCUGCUUUGUCUCCUACCUGGCCCACUUGGUGGGUGACCUGGACCAGUUUGACAAGUUCCUCAAGGCCUAUGUUGAUGAGUUUAAGUUCCAGAGCAUCUUAGCCGAGGACCUCCUGGACUUUUACCUGGAGUAUUUCCCGGAGCUGAAGGCACGGCGCGUGGACGCCAUUCCAGGCUUUGAGUUUGAUCGGUGGCUGAACACCCCUGGCUGGCCGCCCUACCUCCCUGACCUGUCCCCUGGGGACUCGCUCAUGAAGCCUGCCGAAGCGCUCGCCCAGCUGUGGGCUGCAGAGAAGCUGGACAUGAAGGCCAUCGAGGCUGUGGCCAUCUCCGCCUGGAAGACCUACCAGCUGGUGUACUUCCUAGAUAAGAUCCUGCAGAAAUCCCCUCUCCCUCCCGGGAACAUGAAGAAACUGGGAGACACGUACCCGAGGAUCUCCCAGGCACGCAACGCAGAGCUGCGGCUGCGAUGGGGCCAAAUCGUCCUGAAGAACGACCACCAGGAGGACUUCUGGAAAGUGAGGGACUUCCUGCAGAGUCAGGGGAAGCAGAAGUAUACACUCCCGCUGUACCACGCGAUGAUGGGUGGCAGUGAGGCGGCCCGGACCCUCGCCAAGGAGACCUUCGCAGCCACUGCCCCCCAGCUGCACAGCAAUGUCGUCCACUACGUGCAGCAGGUCUUGACACCCAAGGGCACCUAGCGGCACCUGGGGACGUGUGGGGACCCCGCCUCUUCCCAGGGACCGCAGCUUUCAGAAUCAUUGUUCCCAGUUCUGGUUUCCCAGGCGCAUCCCUGAGUUUAUGUCUCUCAGGAUAGUCUGUGGACCUGAGUCCUGAUACCAGGGACCACCUGGCUCCCGGGGCUCCCUGCCCCUUAGAGUCUGGGCAGAACAGAGAGGCUUCUGUUUUUGCUGGUUCCUGAGUCGUUCGCAAAGAGAUGCAUUCUGGCAUUUUUUUCUGGCUUAACCUUUAUUUUAAUAAAUAUUUUAAAGUGAAAAGUGUUUAA